ACUGUAAACAGAAACUGCUUCCUGUAGUGAAUAAUUCGAAAUAUGAGGACGCAAAUGUAAAAUUAAAUUGUAACAAUCGAGUUAGAGUUGGCUGUGUAUCACAAAUCAUAUUUAAUUUGUUGACGUAGAUUUGUGAAUGUCCACGUUAGGUAUAUUCGGGACAGAGACUUUAAUUCUGCUGCGCCGCCGUCAGUGAUUCAUGUUUUGACGUGAUUCCAAUUUUGUGACCAAUGUUUUUACGACCGAUGUGUGGCAGUAAAUUAACGAAUGAAGAUACGCGUUUAACUGAAUCUUUAUGCCAUGGAUGAGAGUGAAGUGAAGUCAAAUUGUGCCGCUGAGGAUGUUGAUCAAAGUGAAGAGGGAAAUGGUGAGAAUCAGAAGGAUGCAGAGGAAUCAUCAGAGCUGAGGGGUGGUAUUGGGUGGAGAGUUCCUGAUGAAGAAGACUCCACUGGAAGUCCAGCUCAUGAAGAGGCUGAUUCCGUAACAAGCAGAGACGGCUCCCAGAAAGUGUUUGAGAGCAUGUUCACCGAUAGUGAUGGAGGAAGCACCAUCAAAAUGAAUGAACAAUUUCAUUCAGAUGCAACACAGACAGGAGAGGAAGAGAGUACACCAGGAGCUCAUUCAGCAGAAGGAAAGGAGGACCAAGGACCUACUGACCCCAGCAGGCAAAUAACUGUCCGGUCUGAUGGUGCUGGUGUGGACAAAGACCAACCUACUGAAACAGAGGGAGAGCUAAGCGACGAAGACAGGAUGAGUGACACUAGUGAUAUUGUAAACAAUAAUGACAUACAACUGAGUCCCAGGGAGAUACCACCAGAAGAGCAGGCAUCCAGGCUAGAGACAGUGCCAUCUUCCAACAAAUUUAAGACAGUGGCCAGCUCGGGUAGUUUAUUUAGUGAGGAUGGGUAUCAGACUUUUCCUGGGGCUGAUCAGAGUCGGGAACUGUUGAAGCGCGAGGUGUACGGGCAAGAGGAUGACAGUGACAGCGAGGCCGUCAGUUCCUGUACAGACACGAGUAAUCUGGCCCAGCUCAUCGUCGAUCAUGUGCUAGAUAACGUGGUAGGAUCAAUCCAAGAUGAGAGUGAUUCUGACACACCCGUGAAAGAACUUUUAGAGAAACUGGAGCAUGAUGCUGAGAUGGAGGAGGAGUUUGAUUCCAUGGAUCAGGGAGGAGAAAAUCAGGUUACCGAGGACAAAGAGUACGCAUCAAAGAUGGAGCUGGAAUCGGAUCAGAAGCCGGACGAGGACGACAUGACUGACUUCCAGCUGGAUGAACCACAGCCUGCAGAGGAGGAAUUCAUUGAGGAGAAUGAUGGUGAGGUGAAAGAUGGAGGUGAUGAAGAAAGGGAAAGUAGACAGGAGGAGGACAACACAGUGUUUGACACAAGGGAAGGAGGAGCGUAUAAACUGGAUCCUCAGUUGUCUUUGGAAAGGAGUGAACCAGAGGCUGUCAAAAGUCCUAAAUCAGAGGAGACAAUGGAGGAUAAGCUUCUAAAAAAUGGAAGACAAGUUAGACUCAUGAAAUCAAAGGACAGUGGAGUUUCAAUGAGUUAUGCCAGUGAAAGUGACAGAAUUUUACAAUCUAGGAGUAUAGGUGCCACAAGUACAGGCAGUGAAGUAGACAGAGUCAGUGAAACAGUUCCUGAUGAGGGUAGGGAACUAGAGAGAGUCUCCUCGGACAUGGUACAGGAGUAUGACACACAGAGACCCACAGAACAAACAGAGGAGAGAGGAGCAGAGAAACCGUACGAAAACUCAUCCUCAUUCAAGGAACUUACUCCGGAGGAUAUCACAAGGGACUCUGUUAAAACUGAUGCCUCAGAGAGUGUUGUGUAUCCCAAAGACACAGGUAGUCUGGCUUACACAACUGUGUCAUCUCCAGGGUACGUGGAACCUUCCUCCAUAAACCCAGACCAAUCUUCGGUGUCAGUUAGAUCCCAGAAUGUGGAUUCAGUGUCAUACGACAGAAACAGUUCACCCGCUAGAGCUGUACAGACGCCUCCAAGAAUGGUGCUCAGGACCAAGCAAGAAUUCGCUGUCCAAGGAAACCGUCCAGAACGAGAUGCAAGUCCAAAUUUCAGGCGUCAGCAGAAUCAGAGAGAGGCUGAGAUGCUCAGGGAACAAAUGAUAUUGGACAAAGUGAGAAAAGACAUGGCAGCCAAGGAAAGAGAGAUGAGAAGACAGAUAGAUAGAGAGAUGAAUGAAAGAAUGGAAAGAGCAAGACUUGAACAAGAACUAUUAUCAACAGGAGGGGAGUACUACAGGAGUGAGAAUGACCUAUCACACAGUACCCUCGAUAGAACCGGUGAACUGGAUAGCUCAGAGUCAUCAAGGUUAAAGUACACAGACAAAGUGUCAUCUAGAUCCCCGGUGAAUGCUGCGUCAGUCAGCAUGUCAGUGAGGGGUUCCUCCGAUGUAGGGAUGUCUGAGGACGACCUAAUUAGAAGGUACCAGAGGGAGCUGUCUCGAUCAGAACAGAGAGAGCAGAGGCAGUAUGAUGUCAGCGGAAUAGACACGUACGCGACUCUGCAGAACCCCCGGGGUCAACACGACAGUCUGUCAUCUGAAGAGCAGCAUCGGUUAGAGGGAAUGUCUUAUGCAGACAUGAGUCGACAUGACAGUGCACUCCCAGCAAGCAUUUACUCCAGCUAUAACAUCCCUCCUCCUCAGUAUAAUGUGUCCACUUCAUUUGGAGCUCAAAAUUCGAGCCACACUUCAUCAGAUUUAGAAGCCCCACCCCCUAAAUCUGGGUCUGUGCCUCCAUUCAAGACACUUCAUGAACAGCAGAUGGGUUGGAUGAGAAUGUUUAAGACUAUUGAGGAACAACACCACAAUGAAUUAAAAAACCAGUAUCGACAGCAUCAAGAAACCAUCUUCUCCAUGCAGCAUCAUUUAGAGAGUGAACUGUUAAACCAGCAACAAAUACUCAAACAGAGGCUGUCUGCCCAUAAAGAGGCUCUGUCACAGAGUGUGAGUCCAAUUAAGCCAAACCAGGAUCGGAGACUCGAUCACAGUGAACUUACCAAUACUAGUCAGAUGUUAGAGAGCACCAGGGUAGGGACAGAUAACUCUUACAGAAAACCGACCCAGAAAUCCUCCCCAAGGUCCAGACCGUUAGAUCGCUCCCCUGCUAGGGAGAGGCACUCCACUCCUCCCUGGAAGGAAAUCUACAGAGAGAUUCGUGGGAAGGGAAUCGACAGCGACCGGGAGACGGAAGAUAAUGAAGAGGAGACAACUCCGAUCAGGCGGUCCCUGGAGGAGGAGUUCAUGUCUCCGUCGUCCACGAUGAGGCAGCCGCUGGGGGAGGAAAUCAGACCCCCACCCCGGAAAUCUUACAAUCCACCCCCCAGUGAGCUUCCCAGGGGUGGGGUGUUCAGCAGUCCCAUGCCCAUUCUCAGGAAAGCCAAUGUGUCUCAGAGUUCAUCCAAAAGUAGGAGUCCCAGACAACCUGAUAGGAGUUCACCCAGGGUUGCCGUAGGAGACGACCUUUCACACCGAGAUGACAGCAGAUUAUUGGACAGUCGGACACAGGAGAGUUCAGCUGAUGCUCCCAUAGACAGCUUGACAUCAGAUGAAUUCUCAUCUCAAAGUUACAGAGCAAAUCUUCGAGAGAAACACGCCAAGCACUUGUCAGACCUUAGAGAGUAUUAUGAACAAGAGAUUCUGGAAUUACGUGGAGCCUUAUCCCGAUCUGAUGACAUCACCAAUAGGUCACCAUUCAAGCGUGUCGCCAGCGAGAACCAAGCUCUGAUUACGGAGAACCACUCACUGAAGCAUGCUAACGAAGAAAUGGAGAGUCAGCUUAAUAUACUACUGAGAGAGAAGAGAGAACUGGAACAAAAGGUUCACGGCCUUGAGAGACGGGCUAGUGAAUAUGCGGACCAUUAUAAGGAAGCCCAGGACAAGAUCUCAACUUUCCGUAACAAAGUGGAGGAACUUCAGUACCAGAACCGAACUCUGGAAGACCAGAACCAACAUCUGGAUUGUCAGUUAAAGAAUCAGACGGAUGCCCUAAAACAUUAUAAAAAAGCUCAAGAUGAACAAAUGGAAAUGAUGCAGAAAGACAGGAAUGCUUAUCACAAGCUUGUUGAUAAGCAUGAGAGUUUGGAGAGAGAAUUCAAUGUGUUGAAGGAAUCCUUCAAUGUGACAGAAAACAAACUGUAUGAUGCUCGAUCAGAGGUCGUGGAAUUGAACAGAACUGUAUCAAAACUAGAGCUGGAGAACAAGAGACUGGGACGAGAGAACGAUAACCUGAGACACAAGCUGACACAGAGUGCCAAUGCCAUGUCAAUACAGGGACAUUUUGAUGAAUCUUAUGGCAGCCCUGGCCGACUUUGUCACCCAUCUCCUGACAGAGACGUUAGCCAUCGGAUACCGUACGGCACGUCAGCGGAUGAAACAGAGAACCCAGUCACUCACUCCCGCAGCAGGAGUCAGGAGAUUCCUUUACGGAGUAUAGCAGAUGACAGAGAGGUCAGGUCACAGGGUCGUGAUCGCAGCAUCAGCUCAGAGAGAAAAAUAGAGAGCAGGGUGAGGGAAGAUAGCAGGGAACGACGACCAAAAAAUACCUGUAACACUUACGCUGAAGUCGAGGAAAUGGAAAAAUCUCGACAGAGACCCAAAUCUGCCCCUGAUUCCAGAAGCACCCCAGACAGGAGGGGGAGCCCCGGGGUAGAGCAGACCUCCCCUGUACUGAGGGCGGAGAGAGAGCUGUAUAAACUUAGGGAGAUCAUGAGACAGGCCGACAAAGCCGUGGAGUCUGCUUCUCCUCCGCAGCCAAAACUACAGAAAAAAUUCUACGGCAGCGAGUCGAGCCUGUCUGUUAAUAGAUCUGACUCUGGGUCAUCAAUCAAUAAGUCUGACUCAUCAACCAGUCCCAAAAUCAGGAAAAAUAAAUCAGUCGGCACCUCUUCUGUGAGGUCUCAGAAAGUGAGAUCAUCCAAAUCCUCAAGAUAUCCAGAAUCUAUUUCCAACACAACACCAUCUAAAGCGAAAUUCGAGACAAGCCCUGGUGAAUUUGACAGUCCGACACGAUUUGAUAUAAGGGUUAAGGAGAGGUCAUCUAGCAGUCGACAGCACAGUGAUUCUAUGCCCACUAGAGAUACAGGGUCCAAACCACGACAGAGUCCUGCUCACAAGGAUAAACGAAACGGGGAGGUCAGAGGCAGCAAAGGAAGCAGGGACAGAAACUCACAAAAAGCAGAGAAAGACUCGCCUGUUACCAAUGGAACUAUAGAGAGCACACUGAGUAGAGUGAGGGAGGGGGACUAUGUGUCAAGGCCAGAGUGGGAGGAUAUCUACACAUCCAUGGCCAAACCAAAGCCAGACGCCAAAGUCACACCCGUAAAACAAACAGUGAAGAACCACCUGAAUACGAUAUCAGAUCUGGAGACUCGAUAUGAUGAAUUACAAACCGAGAAAAAAACACUUGAAUCACAGCUCAGCCGAGUGCCAUCUCAUGGAAAGGGGAGACAACAAAAGGAAACCAUUGAAGAGAAGCUGGAUGAGGUAGAGAAGGAGCUAGGGUCGGUGCGGAUGUCCCUAAAGAGAUACCACGUGUUGAAGACGUCUAUAUAGUCAGAAUAGUUCACGGUCCAUACGGGUCUUACUGUAGAAAUAUUGUUAAGCUUGACGAUACCUGGAGAGGUAGCAGGUCAGUAAAUUGUGAGGAGGAAUGGAACUGUCAGUCUCUGACAGGAGUUAAAGGGACAGAACUCAACCUCUGUCCACUAGUACAUCUGCACCAAAAGUGUUCCUGUCUGUAAAACCUGAGCCCAGUAUAAAACGUCUGGUGAUCUAGAAUUCAGUAUACACAAGGGACUUUUAUGUAUUCACCUGUUUUAGAUAUGCUAUGGUUAUUUAUGUUUGCUGGUGUAGGGGAAAUCAUUUGUUGAAGAAAUUUGUUAUUGUCUUGUAGGUAAAACUUGGUUGUUAAAAUUUAUGAUUUUAUAAGUAAAAUUUACUAAUGAUAAGUGUUUCAUUAAUGGGUAAAAUUGGGAACCCAAAUGAGAUUUUACAAAAUGAAACCAUCAAAGAAAAAAACUCUAAAAAUGAGUGUGUAUCUCAGAUUCCAGUUCCUGUCAUUAGUGGACUCUGAUCCCUAAAGAGUGGAUGUAAUAUUGCCAGUUGAAGCUAUAUAAUAUCAUUACUAUUUUUUUUUAUAGUAUGGAGCUCUUGUAUUUGAUUGUACAUGUAUCAACAUGACACCAAAAAAGGAGAGACAAUUGUAUGAUAUGCAGUAUUAUGUUAUUUUGCCUAUUAUUGUGAGGUGUACAAGUAUUCAGUUUCUUUUUAUAGGUUAUUUAGUCUAGUCCAGAUUUGUUAUUUAUUUUAUUUUAUUGUCACAGUUUAAAGAAUGAUGGAUACACAUGUGCUGUAUUAUCAAUAGCCCUUGUAGUAGAUAAGAUUUAUUUUGAUGCACAUUUAAUGUUGAAAUGGUUGCUAUUUGAUUGAUAUUUAAAACUUCAUUUUUUUAAUAUAAGAAAAAUAUUACACACCUAUUUACACCUAUAUAGAAGGACAAAAGCAAGUUUAUUGUUCUGCAAGACACUUUUUCCUGAUAAACUAUAAACUUGCUUUGUCCACAUAGUCAGCAGACAUGCUGAGAUCAGAAAAUUUCCAAGAUGAAACAUGAAAAUGCAGUGCUGCCAGUGAAUGGUUAAGUUAUAAUUUCAUCAUAAAGAAACUUUUCAAUGGUAGAAGCUGUUUAGAAAAAAGUACAAGUAUUGUCAGUCCCUUUUUUAUUUAGAGAAAAAUACACAAAGGUAUAAAUACAAUUUCUUUUGAUUUAAACAUCUCAAAUUCAAUAUGCAAAAGAAUCCAUCUUAAAUGUUUUUCAAGCAAUAAAAUUUUUGAAAGUUCCUUAUUUUUUUUUUUUUUAAUGAAAGCUCAAAUGAACUUUUCAAACAACUUAGAAGAAAUGGUGAAAUUGCUUUAUUUGGGAUUAAAAUUUAUUGUUAUUAUUUAAAGACAUAAAAUGAAUUAUUAUAUUGAAUUUAGUAUGAACGUUGCCUCCGUAUGUAGUUUAGCAUGUAUUUUAUCUCUUCUAUGUAUGUCACCAUUGUCCUAGAACAUAUGCUAUUUUUUGAUAUUUAUACACCACUUGCUUCUUUAAAAUCAUUCCAAACUGUCCGUCCAUCCAUACUGUAUGAUGAUAUCAAUCAGAUAUAUUCCUUAUCUGCACAUAAUAGAGAAGAAGCUAGUAUACACAGGAAAUCAGAUCUUUGUUAAUUCAUUGUGAACAAACAGAUUAUAUAUUCUAAAUGGCACCAAAUAUUUAAUCACAUCUCUGUAAUUUAUGUAUCAUUUUCUAGAAAUAAAAAGUCACAUGGUCUUGGU